GCGCCUACAGGAUACAACGGUAUAUACUUACCUACCGUGGUACAAUCAGUGUUGUAUCCUCAAGGUAGGUGCAUUAAAAGACUACAAGCACACACAGCGCACUGCACUGCGCUGCAAUGCGAUCGACCGCUGCACGAUCUACGCGCCCCGGAUCGCAGGGAAGCCCAAAGGCGUAUCUUAAGCGCUGAAUAGGCGUCGCUCCGAUUGGCCUCGCCUGAGGAUUCUCGCGCCGCGCUUCUUUUUUCGACCACCUGCGCAAGGUAAGACAAAACCCUCCCAGCUGAUCACCACAAAGCACACCCGAUUGCAGUGCCUACAUGGUACUAUAACACUAUACCAGGACCACGCGGGAUGCAUUCGACAACUUCUCAGUGAUCUCUGUUCUUUCAGAUCCCUCACAAAUGGCCAACACAAGCCUUGCCCUCGUCGCCGCGGCCUCUGCAGCCGCAGGGGCCUCCGUAACAGCAUUGAUCCUAUCGCGAUCUCGACAACAAUAUAUACCUCCUCCAACUCCCACCUCAGCCUCGCCCUCGGUGCCACCAACGCCAACUACACCCUCAACAACCACCACCGCCAUCCCAGCAUCCCCCGUCCCCGUCCCAGUCCCCGUCCCCGUGGCCGUAUCCCAAACCCCAGCACCAACAACAACCCUCACUCCCCCCGUCGACCCAUCCGGCAUCCUACGAUACGGCUAUCCCGGCCCUAUAGCAGACACAUUAUCAACGCCCUCCUUCCUAGCGGCAUUCAACAGAGCAACCCGAAACCCUCACUGGGUCGCCGAGCACUUCACCCGUCAAUCCCUACUACUCAACAAUGCCUCCCGACGCAACUCAGUCUUUUACGAAGACUUGACUGUUCCGCCCAUGUUCCGCGCAAAACUCGCCGACUACGCACGAAGCGGAUACGACCGUGGCCACCAGAUGCCCGCCGCAGACGCAAAAUGGUCCCAGGAGGCAAUGGACUCGACCUUCUCGUUGAGCAACAUGUGUCCGCAGGUCGGGGAAGGGUUUAAUCGUGAUUACUGGGCUCAUUUUGAAGACUUUUGUCGUGAACUGUGCAAGAAAUACCCCAGUGUCAGAGUCGUCACGGGUCCCCUUUACCUACCCAAAAGGGAUGAAAAGGAUGGGAAAUGGAGGGUCUCGUACGAGGUUAUUGGAAACCCUCCAAACGUCGCUGUCCCCACCCAUUUCUUCAAAAUCAUCUUCGCCGAGGAGCAACCCGACAGUAGUCCUAUCGGAAAGGUCGCUCUGGGCGCUUUUGUCCUGCCCAAUGCAGAGAUCUCCAACCAGAAACGCCUGAGCGAUUUCGAAGUCCCCAUUGAAGCGGUGGAACGUGCAAGCGGCUUGACCUUUGGUGAAAAGUUGCCCCCGGAGAGAAGAAAAAAGCUUUGCAGAGAGGUCAAAUGCGAAAUCACCAUUAGAGAAUUCGACAGAAGCAGACAGCAGGCGACCACUGGCGUUGCACCAAACUCCAAGAUCAUUCCCCAGAUUGCACAGGGAGGAACGAAAUGGUAACAGCCCGAUGGGUCAAGGGGUUGGAGCGUGGAGCAUAUUGCUAUGCUGGUCAUGUAUGGAAACAAGCCGAAUGCAUGCAACCUGGCUGAGAUUGUACGGCCUUGCUGGGUUUUGUGGUUGGUCAAGUUUCUUACUUCCGAGUGAUGAGCGUUCAGCGGCAUUAACCUGGCGGGUCAAAUUGUGCGAGUGGUCGCGUCCUAGGAUGCAGUUCCCAGCAGACAAACUAGUCCGGUAUGAAACAAUUUCUUUCAGUACUACCCAGGCAGAGGAUGGCAGCAACGAGUAUUUACUUGGCAGAGAAGCAUUUGGUAAAGCGAAAGUAAUCACUGUUUUCGUCCUACGGCUCAAGGGCCGUGGGCCACCAACAGUCUAAGGAUAUGCAAGUAUGGAUACUCCCCCUUCUCGCCCAAUGCAGCGGCAUCCAACUCCAGCCAGGUCACUUUCUCUCGCCAUGAUUCCAAUCUUUUCCCGCCUACUUUCACUCACUCGGCCUGUCCAACUCCCAGACUGAAUGCCCAGCCCAUUUCGCCCAAUCCAUUGUCCGGUGUUUUGGACUCUUAAAUUUCUCUCGGUGUCCACCGUCUUCCCCAAGGCAAUUUGCUACCAGGUAGGACAGCCUAGAUGCCAAAUCGCCCGCCGAAAGGGCCGCCGAACCGGCCUCCAGCUCCGAAAGGUACGCGGAUCGUCUGAGUUUGGGUUUGGGUUUGGGUUUGUGUCUGGGUCUGGGUCUGAAUCUGAACCUGUGUCGCCGUGGAUGUUGCAGUCACUGAAGCAGUCGUAGUCUGCGCAGGAGGUUGAGCGUUGCUGAGAGUCACGGUAGAGGGGUUGUUUGCAGUCACCGUCAGAGUCGACGGCUGUACGGGAGCCUGGGGGUUGGCAGGAGCCGUGAAGGUGACUGUUUGGAUGCUGU